GUGUGCUUUGGCAGCUAGUGUUAUAUUUCCAGCGUUUAUCUUGUUGUUCAGAGCACAAUAAAAUCUGUGCUUUUCCUGAACAUUUUUUUAGGUUUUUUUUUUUCUAUUUGGUGGAUUUAUUGAACAUCUGGAGAUGAGCCGGAGAAUGGAGCUGAGACAGCUCCUGGAGGAUCAGAGGAGGUGGAGCCGUCACGGAGAUCAUGAUGAUUCACCCCAGACCGUAUUUGAGGAGAGACUGCGGUCUGAGCGCCGAAGAGGUGAAAGAAGAUCUUGCCAGAACACCCAGGAACAUCUGCCAAGAGCAGGAACAUCCGCUCGUCUACGGAGACCUCGGAGGGAGCACAGACAGCGAAGCCGUUCACCUGAGAUAGCACCAAGUCCAGAUCCUCUCCCUGGUCCAAGUCUACAGCCAACGUCUCAGCAGCCAGUGGAGAAUGAGCAGAAUCUCUCGGACAUGGUGUACGAGAUCCUCAUGCAGAAUAUGCCAGCCAUUGAGGAAGCUAACAAUGGGCAGAAAGUCCGGUCCCUGCGGUUAAAUAUCAGCUUUUUCCAAUCUACCAUUAUUGCUGUGGAUGAAGCAACACAGUCAUGUGUAAUCUGUCUAAUGCAGUACCAAGAUGGGGAGCGAGUGUCUGUCCUGCCCUGCAGCCACAAGUACCAUCCAAGAUGCAUCUCACAGUGGGUUGCAACAAAUUCCAGCUGUCCCCUGUGCCGCAGAGAGUGCAUCACAGAGGAAAUUGAGUGUUGGAUCUCCUGAAUAUGGCAAGAGGAAGAUCUAGAUCACCCUCUUCUCUAGAUUCCAUAACACCUCCUCCACUCUGUCCCGUCUCAUCAGCUGACUGCUAUCUUCACUCCCCAAGCCGCCAGGUCGCCCGUCAGCCGUAUCGGCAGUCGGGCCGCUCGGCGGCGGGUCGCCCAGUCUGUAGGGCCCUUAAGCAAGAUGAAGAGAUACCACGGCCUAGUGCUGACUUACCACAUCUGUGGCGUAGCGCCGACUUAUCCAACCUGCGGCCUAGCGCCGGAUCAAUAGAUACCACGGCCUAGUGCCGACUUACCACAUCUGCGGCAUAGUGCUGACUUAUCCAACCUGCGGCCUAGCACCGGAUGAAGAGAUACCAUGGCCUAGUGCCAUCUUACCACACCUACAGCCUAGCGCCGACUUAUCCAACCUGCGGCCUAGCGUAGGAUCAAGAGAUACCACGACCUAGUGCUGACUUACCACAUCUGCGGCGUAGCGCCGACUUAUCCAACCUGCGGCGUAGCGCUGGAUGAAGAGAUACCAUGGCUUAGCGCCGACUUACAACACCUGCAGCCUAGCACCGACUUAUCCAACCUGCAGCCUAGCACAGGAUCAAGAGAUACCACGGCCUAGCGCCGACUUACCAUAUCUGUGGCGUAGCGAUGAUUUCUCCAACCUGCGGCCUAGCGCCGGAUGAAGAGAUACCAUGGCCUAGCGCCGACUUACCACACCUGCAGCCUAGCAUCGUCUUAUCCAACCUGCAGCCUACCGCAGGAUCAUGAGAUAACACGGCCUAGCGCCGACUUACCAUAUCUGCGGUGUAAUGCUGAUUUAUCCAACCUGCGGCCUAGCGCUGGAUGAAGAGAUACCACAGACUAGCACCGAUUUACCACAUCUGCGGCGUAGUGCCAACUUAUCCAACCUGUGGCCUAACGCCGAAUGAAGAGAUACUACAGCCUAGCGCCGACUUACCACACCUGCAGCCCAGCGCCGACUUAUACAACUUGUGGCCUAGCACAGGAUCAAGAGAUACCACGGCCUAGCAUUAACUUACCACAUCUGCAGCUUUGCGCCGACUUAUCCAACCUGUGGCCUAGCGCAGGAUCAAGAGAUACCACGGCUUGCGCCGACUUACCACAUCUGUGGCGUAGCACCGACUUAUCUAAACUGCGGCCUAGCACUGGAUCAAGAGAUACCCUGGCCUAGCGCCGACUUACCACAUUUGCGGCGUAGCGCCAACUUAUCCAACCUGUGGCCUAGCGCACGCCUGCAGCCUAGCGCCGACUUAUCCAACCUGCGGCCUAGUGCAGGUUCAACAGAUACCACGGCCUAGCACCGACUUACCACACCUGUGGUUAAUUGCACAAUUUAGGACUACUGGGCCUUGUGCCCUUGCCUAUACCAACCUUGUCAUCCACACAAUAGGUUUGGGCUUACCGCCCACUGUGUCCUGGCCUAUUGUUGCCUAUCUGGGGGACUAUCUGCUGCCAUGGGGCUGUUGCCCACCUACCUGAAAUGAUCCAAAUGCUUUGGGCCUAUUGCCCACCUAUCUGAGCCUCUUACAAUAGCUUUGGGCCUAAUGACCACGGGGCCCCAACCUAUUGCUGCCGUUGCGGGCUAAAGAUUCUAUCCACGCCCCGCCUAGUGUGCAACUCUAUUGGGCCUACUGCCGACACUGCUCCCCGGGCCUAGUGCCCGUCUAUUGUGCCAUUCUAUUGGGCCUAAUGCCCCUUUAUGUCCCCCAUGACUAGUGCCCACCUAAUGCAUCCCAGGCCUAGUGCCUGCUAUGCCCACGGGCCUAGUGCCUGAACCCUUGUUGUCUAGGGUGGGACCGUCUGGACUUACCCAUCCUAAGGACUGUGGCUGGACCAAGCAUGGACCGGACCCACCCACUGCGUGGUCUUUGCCGGAGGCUCCCACCACCUCCGGGCUUCCUAGAGUCUUCACAAGAGCAAUGGUGGCCAGUGAAAGCUCUUUUAUGUCGCACACUGCUGUCCCAGGGCUUCCAAUGUCUUCAUCGACAAGCGCUAUCACUGCUGCUUUUGUAUAAGCAGCAUCAGCAAUUGUUCUUCCGUCCAUAUCUGAAUCAGGCCCACUGUGCUCCUACUGUCCAGUGGCCAUCUUAUGUGUGGCACUGGGGGAAUCCUAUGCAUACCCCACAGCCGUCCUGCUUUGGAUAGGUUAGUCCCGCUUUUUGGGAACUGCCUGGCUGUCCUAUCCAUGGAGUGGGGGGGAGUAGUCAGAGGAAGCACUCUCACCGCUACUCUGCAUAGCAUAGAUGCAUGCUCAAGGAAUCUACCAGAGCCUGAUUCAGGAGGCGUCUUAUGCAAAUAGACAUCUCCUGAUGGCUUCUCUGAUCUGCUGCUGUUCUGAGUAUUGUUCCAUCUGCGUUAGCAUCAGUCAUCUGAGUAACCCUCAGGCCUCCAUGAUCCAAAAAAAUGGGUCCGAUAUCAUUGGCGGAACUUGAGAGUUGUGGGCUCAGGUUCAAAAAUAUGCUCUGGGCCCCCCUCCUCCGCCCUACAGGAGUUUUUGCAUCGGCGAUGUCAUCUAUAGCUUCGGCUUUUGCUCCCCUUGUAGUGGCUAUGGCCCCUAAAUCUGCAGGGUCGAGGUCUUACUUUUGUCCCAUCCAGACCGGCGAUGCAGCAGUUUUUGCAGACAUGUCGGGACAUGGGGGCGGUUGUUGCCGAAUUGGGUAUGAGUGCACCUGCAACAGUAGAGUAUACUAAGGCGUCCACUGUGGUUUCUCCUCCCUGUCACGGACCUAGCUGAACUUGAUGUUGUAUCCAAUGAGGCUUCAGGAACUGGUGUAGGUUUGGUGUUGGUCAGGAGGAAACAGGUAGGUCGUAGGUAGUUUCUUAUCAUAGGAGUAAUACUGAGAUGAGAAAACCGGACUGGAACCGACAGGUGACCGGACUGGAGUCAAAUGGUGACCGCACUGGAACUUGCAGGUGACCGGACUGGAACCGGAUGAUGACCGGACUGGAAUCGGAUGGGGACCAGACUGGAACCGGAUGGGGACCGGACUGGAACCGGAUGGGGACCGGACUGGAACCGGAUUAUGACCGGACUGGAACUGGCAGGUGACCGGACUGGAACCGGAUAGUGACCGGACUGGAACUGGAUGAUGACCAAACUGGAACCUGAUGAUGACCGGACUGGGACCAGAGUAGCAGAACCCAGUAGAACAGGUUUAAUGCACUGAGCUGGAGAACCAGGAGCAGGCAGGAGCACAUGCACUAAGAGUACUAGUCCAGAGGAAUGACUCAAAGUUCUGGCAAUUUGAACAACCAAGUCCUGUGGGCUUUAUACCCUGAGGAGGUCAGAGUCAGGUGAUCACUGCUGGAGGGGAAGUGUCCAGAAUCAACAUGGAAGAAGCAGGAAGAAGAUGGUGUCAGUAACUGCAAGAGGUUCCUGUCUGAAAACUGCAGCCAUUCCAGACACAGAGGAUCGUCCUCAGCCGGUGACUCAGAUGCAGGAGGCACUGCGGAAAACGCUGUCCUGUGACCUCUGGAGAGCCGCAAGCAGCGGCUAAAACAGCGAAGCGGCUGGGAAGGUAACCGACGGGAUACAGGUUUUAAGUCACGGCUGGAGACCGCGACACUCCCUUUUUGCCCGCCUCCGUAGCUUCAGCUUCAGGGACGGCUUUAACUUCUUUUUCAGGCUUUGAAGAAGAGCUGAGAGAAAAUAAAGCUGUUUCCUCGACGGAGGCGUCGGUGACUGGUCAGCCUGAGACUUCAGGUGAGACAAAGCCAGAUUUAGGAGGGGGGAGGGGAUAAUUUACCCCGGGCCACCUCGCCUCUCAGGGGCUCCCCAUGUUGGACCAAUUUGGUUUUUCAGAGAUGGAGACAGCCUUGUCUCCAUCUCUGCAGUGUCUGGGGCCACCUGGAGGCACAAUCAGAGCACCUGCCUGGCUGCUCCUCACAGAGAGCUCUGAUCGACAGAGCUCUCUGCUUUGGAUACAUUGCACCCACACAGCUGAGGCUGGGAGCUACUGAGCAUGUGCAGCAGCAGCUCAGCUCACAUAGACUCCGGCAGUGACUCUCCUCCUCCUCUUUUGGUUAAUGCUGUAUUCUGUGUGUGUGUGUGUGUGUGUGUAUGCGUGUGUGUGUAUGCUAUGUGUAGGUAUGCUGUGUGUUGUGUGUAUGUAUGCUGUGUGUAUGUAGGUAAGCAAGCUGUGUUUAGGUAUGUAUGUAUGUAUGUAUGUAUGCUGUGUGUGUAUUGUGUGUAUGUAGGUACGCUCUGUGUGAGUGAGUGUGUGCAUGUACGCUGUGUGUGUGUGUGUGUGUGUGUGUAUGCUGUGUGACUGUGUAGGCAUGCUUUAUGUAUGUAUGUAUGCAUACUGUGUGUGUGUGUGUGUGUAUAUACUGUGUGUGUGUGCAUGCUAUGUGUGUUUGUAGGUAUGCUGUGUAUACAUGUAUGUAUAUUGUGGGUACGUAUGCAUGAUACGUAUGUGGAAACAUGCUGUGUGUGUGUGUUUAUACACACACAUUAUUUAUAUCAUCCAUAGGGGGCCCCCUUGAAUUGGGAGGCAGUCAGUUUACCACCUGUCGGGAUCCCAGCUGUCAAGACACAGACACCGGAAUCCUGACACCCACUGACAUGUCGGCGGUUGGAAUCCCAACCGCCGGUUUAAAUCCCCACUUGGGUGGUGUUCCAAAGGUCUCCACUGAGCCUGCGAGGCGAUAUGCUGUUCUCCCCACCGGUAUCCCGAUGUCGGUCUCCUGACCGCCGGGAUAUCAUACUGAUCUCCUUUGACUUAAGUUCCCAGGGAACCUGCGGCACUCC